CGCGCGCGGGAAGUCACGGGCAGCGCCCCACGCUAGCUUUUUGGGGUGCCCAGGAGGAGCCUCCCGGGAGGAAGAGGAGGAGAGAAGGGCGGCCCCUUGGCCUUUCUCUGAUCUUUCAGAGGCGAGCGCGGAGCCUGAGGCAGGCCCGCCCCACGACCUUCAGGGGCCGUCCCUCCGUAGAGCUGCGGCCCGCGUGGGGGACGUCAGACCCGGGACCCUGCCCGCCAUCCCCGGUCGCCUCUUCCCCCUUCGCUGAUCGACGCCGGCCAGGGGGGCACUUUUCAGCUGCCCGGAGUCGCUCCACGCGGACCCCUGGACGCUGCCACCUUCGCAGCGAGGAGUCCGAGCCCUGAGCUGUGCUGGAGCUAGAAGAUGGCUGGGAGGAGCGUGCUCCGCCCUGUGUUUGGCUGAAAGAGACUCAUCGCGGGAAAUUGGGCCGGUGGCAUCCUCGCUGGUCCGGACCUGCCCCCUUCUGCACCCUAAACAUUGGCGGGUGCGUGGACGGUGGAGAGAAGGCGGCGACCUGCACGGCCUGAUGAGGUGAUGUACUAAAGCACAUGCCAGAUGCCAGCUCGGAGUGUUGUUGAGGUUUGACUAUCAUUUAUGAGGGAGCCGAAGCCAACGCCUGUGCCCGGCUGACCCUGUAACUAUACUUCUUUCUAGAAGCAAGCUCCCUCCACCUAUGAUGGUUCUUCACUGGAGGAAUGGCUGUCCAUCUUUCUCAGCCCAUCAGGAGACCUGACUUUGUCCCAUUAUGGAAUCUUUGAUCGAUUUCAUAACCUGAUUGGACUCUGACUUAAGAAUCACGUGAGGCUUUCUUCAGUACAGCCAGAAAUGGCAUCAGUGGACUUCAAGACCUAUGUGGAUCAGGCCUGCAGAGCUGCUGAGGAGUUUGUCAAUGUCUACUACACCACUAUGGAUAAGCGCCGGCGUCAGCUGUCCCGCCUGUACAUGAACACAGCCACCAUGGUAUGGAAUGGAAAUGCUGUUUCAGGACAAGAGUCCUUGAGCGAGUUCUUUGAAAUGUUACCUUCUAGUGAGUUCCAAAUCAAUGUGGUAGACUGUCAGCCUGUUCAUGAUGAAGCUACCCCAAGCCAGACCACAGUUCUGGUUGUGAUUUGUGGAACUGUGAAGUUUGAGGGUAACAAGCAACGGGACUUCAACCAGACUUUCAUCCUGACUGCCCAAGCCUCGCCUACCAACACAGUGUGGAAGAUAGCAAGUGACUGCUUCCGGUUCCAGGACUGGACCAUCUAGGGAGGCAAGCAAGGCAUUGGAGCCUCUUGCCUCAGCACUAGCUCUCCAAAGAGAUAUAGAUCUCAAAAUGUGGAAACAAGUUCUUUUAUGUUGUUGCAAACUAACCUGUCCAGGCAGAACUCUGUCAAUUUUGAAGUUGUCAAUUUUGAAGUAGUAAACUUUUCUAUUUUUCUACUUGCCCAGUAGAGUCUCUGAUUCAAGCAAUUCCAACAAAUAAAACUAUAGCACAAAUGUUA